AUGGUCGUGUCAUCCACCACGGAAGCCGAAUACAUGGCAUCCGCUGAAGCGGCAAAAGAAGCCGUGUGGCUCCGAACACUAUUCAAAGAAAUAGGUUUCGAGCAACAAGAUCCUACGAUUUUAUUCGAGGAUAAUACGGCGGUGAUCUCAAUCGCACGUGAUCCCCAAUUCCAUGCGAAAUCAAAACAUUUUGAUGUAAAGCAUCAUUAUGUGCGCGAGAAAUUGAGGGAUAAAUAUAUUGAUAUCCAUUACUGUCCCACGGAGGACAUGAUAGCGGAUAUCCUAACAAAGUCACUCCCUAAGCUGAGGCACGAGAAGCUCACAAAGAAGCUCGGAAUGCCCAUCGGCUUGAGGGGGAGUGUUGGAAAGUAG